CAAGGCUCUCCCGUUCCGACCACGACACUAUCAAAGUUCACCAACACCCCAAAAAGAAUAUAUAAAAAAAAAAACAACCAUCUUCAUCCUUGAGAUAUCUUUGACCAGUCAGCAGUCAGUACCCUCCAAAACCCUAAUUUUCCUAACGAUGGGUUCCAUCGUCUUCCCUCGCGACUACCCUUCGUCUGAACAGAAGUCUCCCCUCAACUCCGCCGCCGCCACCGCCUCUGUGGAGCCUCCGCCACCGACGCCCCACCGGCAGAUAGCCCUAUCCCGGAAAAGCGCAUCCGCUCCUUCCAGGGACCGGCACAAGAAGGUGAACGGCCGGGGGCGCCGGAUACGGAUCCCGGCUCUCUGCGCGGCCCGGAUCUUCCAGCUGACCCGGGAGCUCGGCCUCCGCUCCGACGGUGACACCAUCGAGUGGCUCCUUCUCCACGCUGAGCCCUCCAUCAUCGCGGCCACCGGCUACGGCAGCAUGCCCGCGGACCCCGUCAACACCACCGUGGGCGCGCUCCCUCGGUCCUCCGCCUCUGCAUCAGCCCCGUGCCCGGUGCAGCCGCUGGCGCCGGCCCAACCGGCGGCCGGCCACGUGGCGUUCCCGAUCCCGCCGCUGGACUGCCGACUGGACCUGAGCCUGCCAAACGGGUUCGACUUCUCGGCCGGCGGGACUAACGGCUACCGCCACAUGCCCUUCACAGCGUUGCUGUUGCAGCCGUCGGCGACGGAGGAGGCGGAAGAGAGGCAGCAGAGGGAGAUUCGUGGUUAAGAAAGAUAGGUUCUUCAAAGUUUUACUCUUUUGGGGGAUUUUCUGAUAAAGGGUACAGGAUAUGAUAUAUGUCUCCUCCUUCGCUCUCAAUGUGUAUUUUCUUCUCUUCUUCGUUUUUU